UGGAAUGCAAGAAUGGACAAACUGAGAGUGGCAGGUGGUCAAGGGCGUAAGUCAUCAUUCACUGACCUGAGACAUAUACAACGGCUUAACCACCAUGCUGAGGUUUUGUUUGGGAAGGAACAUUUGUUUGUAAAGAAGUAUGAUUCAAAGUAGGGGUAAACACUGUUUGGGACAAGAUUCAACCUUAAACAGUGCAGCCCAGAAAACCAAGUUUGGAUGGAUGAAGCAUGCUCAGGCAGCUAACUUGCUGUAUCUCCUUAUUAAAAUGUUAAGCCAGAAAUCACCAUCAAAGCUGGCAAGUCUGGUUAAAGGACAGUAUCAGGGGAUUGUUGACAGGGUGCGUGACAACCCCAUUUUGGCAGCUUUGAACCUUCCUCUUCCCAAUAUCAAUGCCAAGUCAGUGACCAGAUUCAUCACAAAAGAGGAGAAAAAGGCCAACUACAUUGCAACUGUGAUACCCAGCGUGACAUCUCACAGGAAAGUGGUUUUAGACAUCCCUAUCCCUGAUACUGAAAGCCUGCCCCUGUCACUGCCCUCACCAUCAUGUCCUCAGGUCCAGUAUCCAUUGCCACCGCAUGUGACAGGAAAGAGGCCACUACAAAAAAGAAAACUGGACUUAGGAGAGCCACAACCAUCUCCAUCAGAUGACAAAACUAACACAACGGGUCUAGAUGCAGUUUCUUUGGGCAUGGAAAGUGAAAGAAAAUGUCCUCUUAUGACCAAAGAGACUGCUCCUGCUGCACCUGUUCUGUUAGUUGUGCCAUCUCAGCCACAAGGCCUAUCAGUGGUAUUUGGGCGGCCCAACCAGCCUACCUUUUGUUUUCAUGCCUCCACCUCCACCAGUGCAGUCAAAACCUGUCAUGCCCAAAAAGUCCAGUAAACCUUGUGCCCUUUGUAAGAUCUCAAAAUGUGGUGGCAAAAGAAGGCGAUAUACACCCAGAAAUGACUGAAGGCAGUGGACAAAAGAUAUUUACAUUUUGCCCUACAAGUCUACAAAUGAGGGAUUUGAUCUUGUAUAUGAAAGUUAUGAACAUUUUAAAAGAGCUGUUAAUGAAGAACUAGACAAGAGAAAAAAACAUUGUAUUAUUAGAAUGUUUGGCUUCAUCUGUUAUCAUAUUUAUUUGUAACACAUUCGACUAGCUUUUAUUAUUUGUCAUUAGUGUUCAUCCUCUUUUUAACUUUGCAGUUGAUGAAGAACAGUCUAGAGAAGUGGAAGAAGAAGAGAAGGAAGAUAGUGGUGAAGGUGAUGAGGAAUCGGAGGGUGAGGGGUGAUCAGUCCAGUUCUUCAGAACGUCCUCAUGGCACCUAGACACCUCCAUCUACCUGGUUUUAAGGAGGUUGAAUAUCUGGCUGUGUCACUUCUACAGUUGGCUGAUGACACUGUCAGACACAUAAUUCUAGCACCACUCAGGAAACAAAUAAGAAUAGCUGCACUGGCUCUCCAUGACCCUGACAAGUCCUACUCACAGUUCACCAAAAAGUAUACAUCAAAGUGGGGAUAUACUCUCUUUGGCAGAUGUCUAGGACCCGAAUCCCCCUUGAGUAGUACAGCCCAGAAAACCAAGUUUGGGUAGAUGAGGUAAGCCCAGGCAGCCAGUAUCACCGAAGAAUCUUGGCUUAAUUACAUACUGAUCUAGAUUAUUAAGAAUCACCCACCAGUUCAUCAGAACCUGUGUACAUCGGUAAAUCUAAUGAAAGUUCAUUCAAAGAAGGUAAUGCUCAGCACCUUCUAUGGGAGGAACAGAAAGAGCAAGCACAAGCAAAGGGCACAAGAUUGACGUGGCGGCACCCUAUGAUAGUGAAGUGGUGCAUGUCAAUGAGGGCAAUUUCUACCUCAGCUUAUGGUUUCAU